CUCACCAGUUCUCUUCACAUAAAUUUAUAAGUUAAUAGAAUAUCAUUACGGCCUCACUUUUGAUGGCAUCCUUCCUUUAUCUUACUUUUGAUGUUUGAUGUUUAGGUUUCAGCUUGGUUUUCAUUCAGCCGAAAUUCAGAUGCUCAAAGCAAAAUAAUCCCGUCACUCCUCUCCCUUUUUCUUUAUCUCCUCCCCUUGGCAAUUGAAAUUCCAGCAGCCUUCCUCCCCUCUAUGACCCUUUGUCCCCCAUUUCUCUCCUCCCACUCUCUUCUUCCCUCACUGCCUCUCACACCUUUUCUCCCUUCCAUUUUUCUCUCCUCUCAGUCAAAGUCCGGUAGGUGAGCUGCUCAGUCCUGAAUCUUAGUUUUCUCUCUUAAAAUGUCUUGGACCCAAGCAUUGGCCUUGUCUUUGUUCUCCACCCUCCUCAUCCUCACCUUUUCCAGCGUGGUGAAAAGCGCAGCAGUACAGGAUGACCCAAAACCAGCUGAUCCUAGAGGUGCUGCUCGGCAGGUGUUUAUGCCUGAGUCGGACGCCUCAAACUUCUUUAAACGCCGCAGUCGCCGUUCAGUCAAAUACUAUGAGUUUCAAGCCGAGCAAAGAGUGAAGCUGGCGGCCACUGAGCGAUGGAGGGAGUAUAAUGAGGAACAAAAGAAUGAGCAUGAGAACUAUGCUGAGGAGGACCGUGAUGAGAUUAAUGAGAGAACAAGGGAGACGAAUGAGCAGUUGCGGGAGUAUCACUACGACGGUCUCUAUCCUCGCUUCUACUGGUUUCACUGAGCGUGCUCAGUGGCGUGGAGAGCCGGGUUACAGCAACUCCCAUUGGGGCAAUAAAACUGCCAUUACCUUUAACCUGGUUUUCUUUAAGAUCUAUUUUUAUACAACCUGAACUGUACAAUGUGUCAAACUGUAAAAUGUAUUCAGUGUGCAGUUUCUGUAUUGUAAGCUAAAAGUUUUGCAUGCUUGUUUUUACUUCUUUUUAAAUGUACAUAGAUGCUAUAAAAUGUUCCUUAUAUUUUCCUGAUGUGCUGCAUUAGAUAACAAAACAAUCUCUUCUAUAUCCAAUUAGCUGUUUUGCCAUAAGAGAGUUGUAGCUUUAUAAUUUGCAAAGGAGCAUCAUGUCUUUAAGUCAAAAUGACAAAUAAAGAUCAGUUUCCAAUAUUUAAGUCACAGUCACAGAGUCUGGUAUUUGGAGUAUUUCAAGUGGGGCGGUGUGGAAUAAAAGAGAGGAUGAGGUGAGCUGUGGAAGUCAUCAGGCUGCAAGGAAUCCCACAUUCCAGACUGGAAAUAUUAGACACAAACUGGGCAAAGAAGAGACAGAAAGAGGAGCAAGAAGGAGGGCACACAGGAAUGAGAUCAUGAGUAUGAAUUAAACACUUUACAAUGAUGUGGUAUCACAUUUCACUUACAGCUUCACUUUUAAAGUUCUUAUUUUAUUUCUAUGCUCUCCCUUUAUGCAUUUUAUGUGGAUCAGCUCUGAGAUUUCUGAGUGCUGCCUGGCCUCAGCAUGUGGUGUAAAAGAAUGUUUGCAUACCUGUAAGAUGUCGGCUUUCAGCUUUCCAGCCGAAUUUCCCAAAUAACUAAGUGUUGCAUCCUAUAGUAAUACAUCAUGUACUAAAAGCAGAAAGUGACUGGUUUUUACCUUAGAUUAGAUUAUUACUCAUGUAUUAGACUGGAGUUGAACGGAUUUAGUCUCCAACUACAAUUUCUAAUUAUGUUCAAGAAUGAUUAUCAUGCUAGUUUUUUUCUCUGAAGCUCUUAUUUAAAUUGUAAAUUCUGAAAACAGAGAUCAGUGCUGCCACAAGUGCUCCAAAUGUGUAUCAAAGUAGAUAGAUUUGUGUACUUGCUUAAGACUUUGGGUAUUUUACUUUUCCAUACAACAUACUUCUUAUUUUAUGGACAAAAAUAUUAAUUACAGUAAUUACAGCUUUGAGAAAAUACUUGUACACAACAUUUGUACUGAAAUACAGUAGUACAGUAUCUGCACACUCUCCAUUAUUGCUCUUAAGCUGCAGCAACUCUUAGAAUUUUUAGUUGCCGUCUCUUUAAUGUCUUCAUCCCCCAAUCAGUUGUGAUUAGCCAAUUGAUGAUCAAAGCGUUAGGUGACCCAGGUGUGAACUUUGUAACACAUAUUGAUUUUAUAUUGAAAGAAAUCUUAGAAAAAGACCUUGAAAGAGGUAAAAGGA